GCAAAACAAUCUACGAUACCGUACGGUACCCUACGUACUGUAUUGAACACGAUCCGUACCAUCAUCACUUUCGUGUUUUUGUCCUAUCUGAUAAGAGAAGACUGCAAUACACAAUAUUCUCUACCCGCACCAGAGCCCCAGCAUGUCGUCGAAACACAGCGGCUGCCCGCCCACAGAAUUCGGUGGUCCAAUCGGAGCCUUUGGCACCGUUGUCGCCCUUCCGCUUUUGGUCCUGAUCCUAGCKCACUGGGCCAGAUUUGGUUGCCUCGACCUCGACUUUGCUGCGAUMUUCAGGGGACACCGCGACUUGAUAUUCGSAGGAGAAGAUGCGAUGGAACUCCUGGCAAAGUGCACACUGGGACUACUGGGGUGGUUCCUCGGACUUGUGCUCUUGUGGAAGAUUCUUCCUGGGAAAUGGGUCGAGGGAGCCCCGGUGAUCGAUCCCGAGGCCGAUCACUCGGCAGCCUCGAAGGAUAAGGCUCCGCUCCGCCUCAAGUAUAAAAUGAACGGCCACGCAACCUUUUGGACCGUCAUGAUUCUGCUUGUGGCCACGGGAUUUCCCCUCAAUGAUUACCUCUACAGACACUACGAACGACUGGCCUUUGUCGAUAUUCUCUUGUGCUUCGGCCUCUCGGCCUGGCUCUACCGGGGAAGCUUUCAAAAGGAUCCGCUCACGGGCAGGAACAAGAUUUUGUCGCACACGGGUCGAUCGGGAAACGCGGUCUAUGACUUUUUCAUGGGCCGGGAACUSAAUCCGCGAUCCCUCGGUGGAACCUUUGACUGGAAGGAGUUCUGCGAGCUCCGCCCGGGCCUCAUUUUGUGGGUGUUGCUGAACAUUGCCUGYGCCCAGGAACAAUACAAARUGACGGGGAGCGUCUCCGGCAGCAUGGUCUUGCUCAACGUAUUUCACGCUAUCUAUGUCUGGGACUCGAUGUUUAUGGAAAAGUGCAUUCUGACCACCAUGGACAUCACCACGGACGGCUUUGGAUUYAUGCUGGUAUUCGGCGACCUGGCGUGGGUCCCCUUUACGUACAACCACCCGGCCAAGUWCUUGGUCUACCACGAUCCGCGGCUCUCGAAUCCCGUGCUGGCGUGCAUCCUGGGCCUUUACGUUCUGGGCUUUGCCGUCUUUCGGCUCUCGAACCGCCAGAAGGACAUUUUCCGGAACGACCCAAGCGACCAGCGGGUGGCGCACCUGACCUACCUGCCCACGAAAAGGGGGACCCGCCUCCUGACCAGCGGCUGGUGGGGCCUCGCCCGCAAGAUCAACUACACGGGGGACUACAUGAUGGGUCUCUCCUAUAGCUUGCUGUGUGGUUUUGACUCGAUCGUUCCCUAUUACUACGCGGUUUACUUCUUGAUCCUUUUGGUCCACCGAUCGAUCCGGGACGACGAGCUGUGCUCGGAAAAGUACGGCGACGACUGGAACGAGUACAAGCGGCUGGUGCCCUACCGGUUCAUCCCAGGGAUUAUCUAGAGAGGAAAGAAAUUAAAACGAUAUCUUUUGU